AUGGCACCUCCGGCUGUAUUCUCUUACCUUCGCCCGCAUCAUAAACGGGACAAGACACAAUCAAGCUCCGCCUCACAAGUGCAGCCGCCGUUGGCUUACGAGACCCCCUUGCAGACCACUGGACCCUUCGCUCCCGGCGUCCCUCCCCCUCAGGUCCCAGACAAUGACAGCUUACAUUCCAGCUCACCAAUAUCGCCUAAGCAGCCUGUGCUGCCUCCAACGCCACGGAUCUCUUCGAGGCAUGAACCACCACGUGGCUCUGCCGCAAUCGAAUUAUCUGCUCAAGGGCCAGCAGUCCAGGGAAGCGAUGAGCAACAGGCAGACGUGAACCUUUCCAAGGGUCCCUCAGCGCCGACUGAAUCUUCAAGGGUGCCAGAUGAAUUGAACGGCCUUAGACAUAAUGACAUGGGUCACCCAUUAGCUCACGAGUCUUCAUCCCAAGAAUCCAAGGAUCGACCGGACACGCGGGGCAGCACACAUACUGGCUCAAGCCAUGAAAGUCAACCGCGGCCGCCUUUGAAUCAGUUCUCUUUUUCGGCUUCCAAGGUUUUUCAAGCCUAUCGACGCCCAUCCUCUCCGGCAACGGCGCAGUCAUCAGGAAGCGCGGCCGGAGGGCCAAAAGCAUCAGCAACAAAUUCGUCAACGCAGCCGCACAAAUUGGGAAAGGGAAAGCUCAAUCUGCUCAACCCUAUGUCACUUCUCAUGCGAAGAAGAUCUUCACAAGCGGUGGCCAAUUUGGCAGGUGAUGGUCUCGUCAAUAACAGGAAUUACCCUAUGCCAUCCAUGGGUUUGCCGGAUGACUAUGAUCCCCGCAUCCGUGGAAAAGUUGUUCAUGACUUUAGUGCGCCGCGUCCGCGACGAUUCAUCUCGUACGGUGCAAAUUCUCCUGAUCCUGGCCAGCAACACCGGCCCGAAUCGAAUCCGCGUCCCGAAAGUAGUACGUACGGUGAUAAUGGACAAGUUAAGUUGGACGGCGAGCAAGAUCCUUUGGCGGGACAACACUUUCAGUCGGUUGCAUCACCCAUGGAUUCAGCACCAGACAAUCAGUGGCAUCAGACCAGCCAAGCUUAUCAGCAUUCAGCCCAGCAGUCGCAUUCUAGUCUCAUUCGAGAUCUACCGGUACAGCCGCCCACGCUUGGCACACCAUUCUCGGAAACACCGGAAAUACCUUAUUCCAACAUGCCCGAAAGUGAGACUCCUGUUGCGGAGGUGACAGCGAAGGGCGACCCAGGACGAGAAGAGAAUAAUUCAACGGGGCAUCAACCCACUUCCCGCCAGCCUUCAGUGGUAGAAUCGCGUUUCAAGUCACUUGGUCUCCCUACUCAUAUGACAAGCAAUGCUUCAAGAUUUAGUUUUGAUAUGAAUGGUGUAGGCUCAGCGGCCCAAGAAAAGCUCCUGGAGGAGAAGCAUAAACGGAGAGCGGCCUUGACAAAGGCGGCGGCGCCACAAGAUGCCGAUGGCAACUACGAUGAAUUCGAUGACGGACCUGAAGACAUGUACGAUUUUGACGACUCUGGUGAAGGAGUGCUUGAAGAAGAAGUACCUGAGUUUGACGUGGAUGCGGACGAUAUUGGGGAGGUAGGGGCCGUUCAGGGAUUUGGAGAAUUCGACUUUUCGUCGCCUCAUGUCGCCGAGUCUCCUCAGGAUCCACAGCCUCUUCCUGGUCCCACGGAUACGCCAUUGGACAAUGACGGUAAAGCGAUCGGAGUGGCUGUAUCAAAUGAAGCUCCACCAGCUCUGCACAUUGGCGAAGAAUCCGUCCUCCUUGAGCAAGCUGAGCGUUCCUCAGGGGCACACGGUUUGGGGCUACAUCUCGAUCUCUCGCAGCUUCCAGGCGGGAACAGUCCAGGAGACAUGGAUGUGCCGGUCAAUACUGCGACAUCCCACAUGACGGAAGCUGAAGACGACCUCUACUUUGAUGAUGGCCUUAUCGAAGCCCCACCUGAAGGACCUAGCGGCGCUUUUGAUGAGUCUGUCUUUGACGACGAGAAUAGCCAUUUGUAUAGCCGAAAGAAAUCGGGAGUCAAACCUGGCAAUGCUUCCGAAGGACCGGAUGGACCUUCAGAGCCGACGGGAAGUACCACUGUAGUAAAUACAAAUCUCCCCAGUUCGUCUCUAUCAUUCAAUGGAGAGGCUUCAGCCGAUGGGAAGGGAUAUACGACUCCUCCUCUCCAGGAACCGGCUGCCACGAGCGAUCCUGCGCAGCUCGCUAGAGAGAAACUUGCCGCUUAUCAUGAUGCUUUAGCCGCUGCGGCCAAUAAAGCCGUUGCUGAAGGCAAAUUCGAUCGCCGGAGCAGCAUCGAGAUGAGUCCCUCAGAUCAGCAUCAAUCACCUCACUCCAUAAACUGCAGCGAUAAGUCUGGGAUUGUUCUGGACGAUGGUCAUUACAGUCAGGAGGUUCUCUUCUCAGAUCCAGGAGCAUUUGAAGAUACAGAUGAUGACUUUGACUUUGAUGCCGCAAUGGAAGAUGACCCGAUGAUUGCUGCAGCGAAUGCUGAGGCCCUGGCAAAUGACGCUGAGGGCAUCUAUGGGCAAGAGUUUGGUUUCUAUGCUCAAGAUUGCGGCUCUUCUGACGUUGAGUAUUUCAACGGAGGAUAUUUCGGGCCGCGGGGGAUGGACGGGCCCAUACGAAGCCACAGUGGACGAAUAGCGUUUCGAGAGCCAAACCUGACACCCAUAACGGAACGCAGCGAAUACAGCAACAGGAAUUCCUUGGUGUCACUCUCCAUGCAUGGUGCGCCGCAGUCCGCACACGCUCUCCCAAGUCCUGGGCUGGCCCAGCUUGCGGGUAUGAUGACGCCAUCCUUUGAGGAGGAGGAAAUGUCUCUAAGUGCUCUCAUGAAGCUAAGACGGGGCGCUUGGGGCGGCAGCAAUGGCAGUCUUCGUAGCGCUGCCAGCGGUGGCAGCCAACCCAGUGCGUCCGCGCAUAUCAGCAGCAACAACACUUCCAUCCUUUCUCCACAACAGCCAGGCACCAUCGAUUCCCAUUCGCUAAAGAACCCGAGCGAAUACGCUCAUGUUCUCGCCGCUCCAGAUACCUCGAGUAUAAGUCCCAGCAGUAGCUUCGAGUACGAUUUUUCUGGUGAUGAAGACCAAGACGAGCUCGAGGCACAUGGCUUUCAGACCGGCUUUGAUCCUCAUUAUAAUCAGAUAGCAGCCCAAAGUCCCGUCGCAGCAGCAGCAGCAGUAGCAACGCCGUCUACAAAUAUUCCGGCGCUGAGCCCUGCCGAUCGUCCGACACAUUACUCCUGGGCACCUGGGUCAAAUUUGGCAGUGGCAUCUAAUGCCCUUGCUUCCAAGGUGACCACAUCAGGCGCCCAACGACGAUCGUUCGGAUCAGACAAGUCUGUAACAAGCCCUAUACUGUCGCCUACAUCACCUGCCAUCUCAGAGCCUAUCAUGUCGGCCGCGCAGUACCCCUGGUCUGUCGCUCCUGCUGUAAAAGCUCCCCAACUUCCUCAGCAACAACAUCAUCAUCAUCAUCACCGCAGCAACAGCGGCACAGGCACCGAACGCGUCUCAUACCGCAAAGAAGAAGACGAAAGCGGCUGCGACCGAUGGGUCCUGGAGCGCCGUCGGACCGACGAAAUGGGUGGCAUGGAAAUCAUCGAGCGCGAGGUCGUCAAGGGAGGGAGGAUAUAA